UGCACAUCACCAAACAAGAAAUAACGAAAAUAAAACAUAAGAUACAGUUUGUUCAAUUUAAACGCUCACGUACAUACAUUAUACGUGUUGUAUAGUGCUAUUUUAUGUGAAAUAGUUAAAAAGGUGUUAACUCUAACUUCAAAACAACAUAUUGACUGUUAUUUAUGAUGUCCAGAUUGGCUGGCAAAGUUUGUAUCGUCACUGGUGCGACCAGGGGCAUUGGAAAGGGGAUCGCGCUCCAGCUUGCUGAGAAAGGGGCCAAGGUCUACAUAACAGGAAGAACAUUAGAUCCCGUUAAGGGCUCAAAAUUUGGCGGGUCCUUGAAGGACACAGCAAGAGAGAUUGAGGCCCGUGGAGGAACGUGUAUCCCCAUACAGUGCGACCAUUCUGAAGACGCCGAGAUAGAACGUUUGUUUGACAUUGUUAAGAGAGAAAACGACAACAGACUGGACGUGUUAGUGAAUAAUGCAUAUUCUGCUGCCAAUACUAUCUUUAAUAGCAUGGGUGUGAAAUUCUGGGACCUUCCCCCAUCGAUGUGGGAUGAAGUGAACAACGUUGGUCUACGAAACCAUUAUGUAUGUUCUGUCUACGCAGCGAAAAUUAUGGUUCAGCAAAAGAGUGGACUAAUUGUGAAUAUAUCUUCAGGAGGUGGCCUGAAAUACGUCUUCAACUGUGCAUAUGGCAUUGGAAAGGAAGCCUGUGAUCGUAUGGCAGCGGACUGCGGAUUCGAGUUGAGAAAAUUCAACGUUGCCUUCAUAAGUCUUUGGCCAGGUUUUGUUGGCACAGAGACGGUCCUAACAAACCUUAGUGAAGCCCUUGAGAAGGAACCAGAUGAUAAGAGAGCGUCAACGGCUUUGGAAAACUUCAGCGAGGGCGAAACUCCAGAGUUCGUUGGUCAGUGUGUGUCUGGUCUUGCUGUUGACCCAGAUAUUAUGAAAAUGAGCGGCAAGAUUGUGUUUACUUGCGACCUUGCGAGAAAGUACGGUCUUCAUGACAUAGAAGGCCAUGUGCCUUCUGACUUUACACAGUUCAAGUUCCUGUUGAAUAUGUCGGGUUACAAAAGACUGGCGGCUUUCGUUCCCGGGUUUCUGCGCUUUCCCAAGUGGAUUCUGUGCAUUGUAGGAAACAAAUUUUACUAAAUAUUUGCCCACACAUUUCAUUGUUUACGAACUCACGGGUUGUGGAUUACUUACUGUAUAGUUGAGUUCAAGUAUUUAGCCUCUUAAAUGUUAUCAUUAUUGUGUUGUUCGCAAGUUCAGAAGCAAAAUGUAUGAAUAAAUAAAUAUACAUAUGUGGGGCGUGUUUACACAUGUACUUUACGUUCAUAAAAUGAAUAAUUACAUUUCGACACGUUAGAGAGCAAGUCAUUUGCAUGGUUAGUUUCACUGAUUUAUUGUACAUGUAUUACAUUAUUAUCAUGUAAUUUAUGAACGUUAAAUGAUUGCAUCAAGAAUCACCCGCAAUUUAAUCUAACCAUUAAACGUUAUUCAACAGUGUCUAUCCAAUGGUUAUUAUUUAGUAUUGCUAGAGUUACAGUAAAACAUUUUGGAAAUUAA